UUUUUCACAACGUAAAAGUAUAAUUUAUCGCACCGGCAUCAUGGCCGAGUUUUGAAAAAUCAUUUCAUGUAAAACACAAAAAUGAGUAAAAUAAAGCGAAAGGUGACAGUUGAUCCUGUAAGUGGAUCGUCUGAUGAUAGGAAAAAACCCAGCGUGUUUGAAAGACUCGGUCCUGGAGCUGUCCGACGACAAGUUGGAAGUUACGACGAUUCUGAUUCUGAUCGUGAUGAAUAUGUGCAGAGAUGUCGUAAUUGGGUCAGCACGGGCUCCUGUCCAUAUGGAAAUAAAUGCAAGUUUCUUCAUGGACCAUACACUUCAUCAUCAAAGCACAAAGGGAGACGUGAGGAUGAAGGUCAGGAAGAUUUGCGGCUAAGAGUGAAACAAAAGAAACACAAAGGUGGUGAUAAAAGCGAUUCCGAUGAUUCAGUCGAACGUAGCAGAAGCAGGUCAAAGAAAGACAAAAUUGCGGCUUUGAAAUCGGCGAUCAUUAAAAAGAAAGGAAUGGUCGGAAGUGAUUCGGAGUCACCUAGUCAGUGGUCUGGAGAUGAUCUUGACUUUAAGAAAGAACUAGAGCUAGAAAAGAGACGUCAACAGUUACAGCGAGAACUGAGCCGUCUCGAGGACGAGGAAGAUCCAGCGAGGGAAAACUUUAUCAUAGAGAAAAAAUUGAUGAGACAACAACUAAUGCAACGAGUCAGCAGUUCGGAAUCAGACAGCUCUGAUGACAGAAGUCGUAGUCGAAGCAGAAAGGCAGGAAAGAAAAAGAAGAAAAGGAACAAACAUUCCAGGUCACCAGCCAAGGGAAAGGGAGGACGGAGUCCAAGCCCUGG